UAUGCGUGACGUAGGUUCUGUGGUCGGCGUUGAAAAGCAGUUGCACUUCUCGAUAGUGCCAUUGAAGUGAGUCAUCUCUAGGAAGUGUGGUUUGGAAACAAAAAAAAAUAUAUAUAAUAAUAAUUUAAAAAACAAAAAAAACAACAACACCACCAACAUCGACGUGUUCCGUGAACGCCACAGGUCGCGCGUAGACGGCAAGACGGUGGGAAAUACAGACAAGGAUCGACAUACAAAACGACUCGAAAGCGAGCGUCAACCUGCGUCGAUCUGAACUUGAAGUUCAAGUUCGCGCACCUUGCGCCUCUCGAAUACCAAAAACGGACAAUCGUCUCCAAAUACUUGACGUCACUCUGAUGUUCCAGCCCGCUGGUGCCUUCGACGCAAGCGAGGAUUUUCUACCUCCGACUCCUGCGCGCAACAAGUCUGCCGGCCUCUUCUGUCUUUCCCGGAUCAUGUACCAGGAAUACUCCGGGAACUACGACACGUCGUCCCGCGGCAGCAGCACUUCCCCGGCCCAGCCCGAGUCGUUCACGAGCGGCAGCAGCACCAUCGGAAGCCCCAUCUCUACCUCAGCCUACCAGAAAUACAGGGUCGACAUGCCCGGCUCCAACAGUGCCUUCAUCCCCACCAUUAAUGCAAUCACAACCAGCCAAGACCUUCAGUGGAUGGUGCAGCCCACCGUCAUCACCUCCAUGUCCAACCCGUACUCCCGCUCCCACCCGUACAGUCAUCACCUGAGCAACGGCCAGGGGCUGCUGGGCCACAACCCCCUGGCCCGUCCCGGGGUCAUCCGCUCCAUCGGGGACGCCAGAGGCCGACGCAAGAGGGACGAGCAGCUCACCCCAGAGGAAGAAGAGAAGAGGAGGGUGAGGCGGGAGAGGAACAAGUUGGCCGCCGCCAAAUGCCGCAACCGCAGACGCGAGUUGACGGAGAUGCUGCAAGGGGAGACCGAGAAACUAGAGGAGGAGAAAGCCGACCUGCAGAAAGAGAUCGAAAGCCUCCAGAAGGAGAAGGACAAACUGGAGUUCAUGCUGGUGGCCCACAAUCCCGUGUGCAAGCUGCCCACCGAGGAUCGCCACCAUCAGCCUCCGGCGCACCAUCAGCACCAUCAGCACCAUCAGCAGUGCGCCCCCCUGCCCUUAACCAUGCGCCCCAACGUGGCCGCCCGGGCCCACGUGGUGGUGAAGCAAGAGCCGGACGAGACGGAGGAAGCGCUGCAGGGCAAAGCCCAGCAUUCCGUCAUCAAGCCCAUCUGCCUGGGUGGGAUGUACUGUACGGACGGAGACAGCCUCAACACGCCGGUGGUGGCGGCGUCCACCCCGGCCGCCACGCCCAACGCCCCCAACCUCAUGUUCACCUACCCGAGCAUGCUGGAGCCCGACAGCCCCUCGCCCUCCUCCGAGUCCUGCUCCAAGGCCCACCGUCGCAGCAGCAGCGGCGGCGACCAAUCGUCAGACUCCCUCAACUCGCCCACCCUCCUGGCCCUGUGAGCGCGUGCGCAAAGCGAAACACUUGCGAGGAUCGAAAGACCCCAAAGCACAUUUGGAGAAGCUGAUCACGUGAGCAAUCCCCCCUUUUGGCAGGGAGACCCCACAAGGGCUACGCUGCGUGUUUCUUCUUGUCCCGCCUCAGUCUGUUGAGUCGGACGUGUACGUGUGUGCAAGCAAUCCUUAACGCGUCAUCGCUUUGCCAUCUCAACUUGUUUACUCAAGACUCUUUACUCCCUUGAAAUCUGGCCAUUCUGAGUUCAGAUGAUUAUACAAAAUGAGUUCUUAAUAUAUCUAUAUCUAUAUGAAUAUAUUUUUAGAAGAAUGAAUUAAAAGCCAUGACCACUUGCACUCUGCCAGACGAAUCAACAGAGGUCACAGCACGAGAGACACUGAGCAAACGUUUCCUGAUCUUUAUUUUCAUGUCAGAUGUUUCCUUUUAUACCCCCCCUCGCAGACCUUGAUUCAUCUCUUCAUCCACUGUAUUUUAUGUACUGAAAAGAAGAAAAAAAAAAAAAAAAAGUGUUUUGGAGACGUUGUCUUCUCCCCCAUCUGCCUGUAGAAAAGCAUCAUGGUCUUCGGUGUUACGAAUUGAUGGCGCCUUCUUCACCUUCUAUUUUGCCAAUGUGGCUUGACUGCGUUAGUGGUGGUGUGCUUCACCUCAGUGGUUCUGUACCUGAUCUUUACACGUUGAAGACAAACGUGUGUGUGUGCGUGCGCGCGCUUUACGUUGAUGCCAGGGAUAGCGCUCAACAUUACCCCAUCAUGAAGAACGCAGGCUGUGUGAUAGUCUUACCAAAGGGACAAAAUAAAUAAAUGGGGCCGUUGUGCAACAUCAGGAAUUUCCCUAACAUUUUAAGACGAUGUAGAAGCUCUCACAUUUUCCCUCUUUUGCUCACAUUGUGGAAAUAAUAAAGGUCUUACCUUUGUCAACACUGCCACUCAGGGCAGUUCAGGUUUAACGAAACCAAAAAGGGUUGUUUGACACUUCUAAUCCUUUUCUUUGUUCAUCUUUGUGUUUUGCUCAAAUAUGGAGAGAAAAAAAAAAAAAAAAAAAAAAGCCACUGUGGUCUAACCGGACUGUCACCAGCUGCCAAUGAUGUCAAAACCCUGUUUGUACUGUGUUUGUAAAGCUGUCUUUUCUUAGUAAAACAAAACAAAAACAAAACAUCAAGGUACCUGUUACCCAAGUGGAAGCCUGAUUGGCUUAAAACAAAGAUCAAUCAUAAAGAGUGUUUUUACAAUACAGAAGGAAUAGUAGUAAGACAGCUGGCCUGGGAUGAAACAUGACCACCACGGGAGGAUUUUUAACAGGUCUAACAACUUCAAUCCACAAGGAUUUUGGUGAUUGUACCGAGAAGGACAAAGUACUGAUCGUCGAGACAUCAAUCGACACUUCAAACAUUCCUAAAUAAUUUUUUUAGGAGUUAAAAGUUAAAUGAUCAUGCGCUGGAUGCAGACAAAUGGACGUUUUAAUACAAUGUGCUGCUGCUAACUGGGUGGAAAUAUUUGUUUCUUCUCUCUCUCGGCAAUAUUUGGGUUUCAUGCAGAUGCAAGAAGAAUUUUUAGCUCGUGUGUGACAAAAAAAGACAAAAAAAAAAAAAAACCAAAAAGAGAGUCUGUGUGUG